UAUUAACCCGAAAUAUUGAAAAAAAUGACCAUCAAAUUACAUACUGGCAACUCUCGUAACCUGGCAACGAAAACAAAACAAAAACAAUUCUUCUUUCAGAACUCGUAGAAAUUUGUGCCUUUGUUGUCGCUGGUGGUGUUUUUACAAAAAAAAAAAAAAAAAAAGUCGGUUUCCCCCUUCACGACGACUUUGUCUUAUCAGACUACUAGCAUUUUAAAGGAAGCCACCAUCCCUAGGUUCUAUAUAUAGGUGGCUAGAAUCUCUGUCUACUCCUGAACUGCGGGCCCUGAUCUCACAUGCUAAAGUGAGAAAGCCAAAUCUAGUGCCUUACCAUGUCUAUCACUGCUCCAAGUGUCUUCAUGCUUAAUGUUACUGGCCAAAUUGAUUCUGGGAGGUUCAUGGAGGGCGAUAAUUUAUAUUUCAACUACUGCUUCACAUCAGGGACAGACUGGGAAGUGGUUGGGGGUUUAGAGGAAUGUGUUUCUCAGAUGAGUCGCCGCAGUGAUGAUGAAAGACAGAUAUUUGUUUGGAACUUUCCAUUGGACAUCACCUUUAAAUCAACUAAUCCAUAUGGAUGGCCUCAGUUAGUGUUAAGUGUUUAUGGCAAUGAUAUUUUCGGUAAUGAUACUAUCAUCGGCUAUGCUGCAUGCCAUCUUCCUAUCACCCCUGGAAUACACAAGCGCAGGUUGACAACCUUUGUACCAGAAUCAGCUUCAACUAUACAAAAACUAAUGGCUUGGUUAACAGGAAGAAGACCUGAAUUUGUAGAUCCAAAGCUUAUUGCCCGUGGCAAAGGGCGUGAAGUUACCAGAGUAAGGUCGCACGGUGAAAUAACAGUUUCGUUCAAUGUUGUCAUGAAAGACCUUGAGAAACUCGGCUAUAACUCUUCAGGUCCAUCCAAAAACUCAAGCUAUUUUCCUGUGACCCAGCCACUCAAAGAACCUGUGCCUUCUGGCUCUGGUCUUGCAAUGCAUAGUGAAGAUUAAUCACUUAUGACUAGUCUUGCUGUUAGAAUCUACCUCUGAACAACUAAAAUUAUGUACAGGCAGUUCCGGGGUUACGAUGGGGGUUCCAUUCGUGAGACGAGUUGUAAGCCGAAAAUCGUUGUAAGCUGGAACAUUGUCAAAAAUCCUAAGAAAACCUUACUUUUAAUGCUUUGGGUGCAUUAAAAACUAUGUAAACUGCAUUCUUAUUGCAUUUUUCAUCAAAAAACCUUCAAAUAUUGAUUAAUUUACAUUCUUGGAGUCAUAUUUCUUCUGCCAGAUCAGCAUUGUAGGCGUCAUAACCCUGGAACAUGCAUCAUAAACCUGGAAAUAAUUUCUGAUAAAUAUAAUUUACAAGCGUUGUAACCUCGGAAUGUCGUAAGCCGGGGACUGCCUGUACUGUAGUAUCAUGAAUGACCUUAAUUACUGUAGUGAGUAGACAUCAAAAUGAGCAACACAUCUGUAUUUUUAGGCAAAAAAAAAGAACAUUUUCCUUGCAAAAACUGUAUAUUUUUGCUUAUUUUUCUGGGCUGUGUGAAAACAGCAAAUGUAUCUAAGAAAUGUGCCAAAUUCCUUUAGUAUAUCUUUACAGUGUGUGUACUGUAUUACUAACUUGAGAUUUCUUGAAGGUGAAGCUGUUAUUUAUAAGUAUAUGUACGUAUUUUUCUUAAUGAGAAAUGAUCCUUUGCAAACUGUACAUCUUCGCCAUCAUAGAAACUAAGAAAUUGUUACACUAGAAAGAUCGAAGGAUUUUAUGAACUUUCUUUUCACAGAUAUUGUAACAAUUUUACACCAGAGUAUAGUAUUUAUUUUAACUGUAAAGAAUUUUGAUAGUGAAUUUUUCCCAUGCACAAUCAUUUUAAGAAAUGGUGCUACUUCCUAAAGAGAUCUAUUUUAGAGAAUAGUAAGCAAGUACUAUAAAAUUUUAGUGGAAAUAAGACUUUAGAAGACUUCAGAUUUCAAAAUACUGUCCAUGAAAUCUACUCUUAAUGAAUAAUUCUACAAACCAGUGGGUGUUAAAAGUAUAUUUUGCAUAACAGAAUUGCAUUUUAAAAGUACGUAAAUUGUUGUUUGUGAUUUACAAUUUCAUCUAACAUUAUGUAUUAAAGAAAUGUAUAAUACUUCAUUAUUUCAAAGUGCCUUUCUUAGUGCCACCUUUCAAAGAAAACUAACUAAUGGAAUACAUACCUAUGAUAACAUGUAAUUUUUAUUGGUACAUAUAUCUUUUGUAUUUUUAUGUUAAAUGACGAAGAUUUUGAUUUGUCAUGUAUCUGAAGGUUAUUAAGAAAAAUGAGUGGUAUUAGAUUGUCUAGUCAUUAUAUGUUAGUAGUACUCAGUAACCAAAUUCUAGUCCAGAUCAUUAAACAAAACUUUCAUAAAUUGAUCGGUCAUUCAGUCUGAUCAUUACUGUUUUCUCCAUUACCUACUUUCUUUUUUCUUUAAAUGUAGAAGAUUAUUAAACAAAAUAAUUGUGGAACAAUUUGUAAGUAUACUGUAUAUAUUUUGAAGAUUCAGUAUAAACAUAUUGUAAAUGAAAAUAAUGGGCAUUUAGAUAAGGCAUCAAGAUGAAAAGCAUUUAGAUAAAAGUGACUGAUAAGUAAAGAAAAAGUUCACAGUUGUAUGUUUGAUUUGCCAUGCUUCCAAAAAAUAAAUUGUUUGUGACUCUUGAACAGGCAAGAAUAUCACGGCAUGAAGAAUUCUUGUUUAAUUAACUUUAAAUGUUUAUCAUGGUGUCUUACUGAAAUUUUGCAGUACUUAUUCAUGUUCUUUCCCAUGGUGCUUAUUCAUGGCUACAGAUCUUACUCUGGGUUAGAAUAUUUUUUCAUUUUAUUUUAAUGUUCCCUUAGGAGUGAGAUUUACUGUUACUGUCCAACUUGCCUUUUCCAUAAUUUAUGAAAUAUUUUCACAUAGAGUAUACACUUCCUGACUGCAAAAUGUACCUCAUCCAUGACAGAAUUACCAUUCUUUUCUACCAACAAACAAAUCACUAACCACAACUACUUAUAUCCACCCCAAUUGCCUUUACAAAAAAAAUUCUGAGUAGUAUAUUCAUCUUUGUACUAUCACCAUGUGGAGACUGGGGGUGUACACAUAUGAUAGGUAGAUAACGUAAGUAUUUGUAAAAAGUGUCAAUGGAUUUGACAGCAUCUGGUAUAUAUUACUAACAUUGCCAGAAGUCUAUCUUCCUCAGUCUUCUUCCUUUAUUUUUAUGAAAAUGACUACCUAUGCCAAUAGUAUUUCAUUCUAGUCACAGGAAACAAGAGCUCCACCUCUCACUUCCUUUGAAAUAUAUACCAAAGACAUUUUUUUAAAAAUAACUUUUAUGUUUAUUGCAUAAUAUUUGCUGUAAUUUAUUACAGACAAUUGCGUAAAUAUGUGAAAAUCGUAACCUUUUUACUUUGAAAGAUUAAUUUUGGUCAAAUUGGUUUGCAAUUAAGCAGUUAGUAAUAGUAAGUGCCUUUACCAAACAAAGUAUAAGGGUUUGUUAUAGUUUUAGAAAACUCAUUUUUAUGCAGGUGUAAUGUCCUACAAACAGUGGGAGUAUAAGUUUAUAUACAUAUAACCCAUGUGUAUCUAUGUUGAUGUAUUUAAAAUUUUCUUUAACCUUUUGUUAACUUUUUUUAUGCAAAACAUGCCAUUUUAUAUGGAACAGUCUUCCUUUAGCAUCUUUAUAAUUACUAAAUCAAAUACAUACCUUGAACAAAAGAAACUGAAUUUAUGCUUAAGGUAACAAAAAUGGCUAAUAUUUUUUAAAGUACCUUGCCUGAAUGUGUAAAGUAAAACAGCUUAAGAAAAAUAUAUGAAAAUUAGAAAUUAUCCUAAUGAAGGAAUCUUACAAUCACUGUUCAUCUUUGGGCAAUGUACGUUCUGUAUGAAUUUCGACAUGAAGCAACAAUUUGAAUAUUUUUCAGUUUGUGGUUCAAUGUUUUUUUUUGUUUUUUUUUUUAUCAGCUUUUUACAUUUGAUUAUGUACAAUUUUGGACUGUUUAAUGAGAAUAAAGAUGUGUAAAAUGAAAUUUUUUUUCUUAACAGUGAUCUACUGUAUGAUUGUCAUGAAUAGUACAGUACUACAAGACCUUUAAGGUACUAAAUAUGAUUAACCUUGUCUUGUAAUUAUUUGUGGUUACUUUUUUUAACAUUUGAUGCUGUCUUCAUUUGGAAUUAAGGUACACCACAUCCACUUAUAUACGUUGAGAGAACUAGGAAGAAAGACCUUUACCAAUGAUAGCUUUGACUAAUUUCAAGUUAAAGUUGGAGUUGCUUGGUUUCAGUUCUCUACCACCUCAAGGUGCUAAGGCAAAUGUUAGCUAGAUUUCCCCAACCCCCACCACACAUCCCAAAAUGCAGCAGUAACUGAUGGGGGUACAGAGUGAGCGAGUUAUUUUUCAUCAUCACGGGGGAGGUGUGAAUUCCAUACAUCUGAGUACAGUGCCAAGACACUAACCACUACAGGCAGUCCCCGGGUUACGACGGGGGUUCCGUUCUUGAGACGCGUUGUAACCUGAAAAUCGUCGUAAGCCGGAACAUCAUAAAAAAUCCUAAGAAAACCUUACUUUUAAUGCUUUGGGUGCAUUA